AUGUUAUCAAAUCUGUAUCCUGAGUUACUGGAGCUUGUAGCAUCACAUUUGCCUAAUCAUGCACAAUAUAACUGCUUGACAGUCUGUCAGCGAUGGUAUCAAGCCAUGCUUCGAACACUUUACAAAAAUAUUCAAAUUAACCAUCGACGUCAGUUAAAACUACUUCUUAAGCAUUUAGCCGAACAACCAGAGAAGGGACGCUUCAUUCGUCAAUUACAUUUCAAACGAAAUAACCAUGAUUCGUUAUACACGACAAAUCAAGGAAUCAAAACCAAAAUUAUUGGUGUUACAGCUGAAGAACUUGAACAAUUAGCUUUGUACUGUACCAGCUUAGAUGUACUUGACUUUGAUCAAAAUCUAUGGAAGUACAUCAAGCUUCCAUUGAGUAUGCUUCAACGACUGAAACGAUUACCAGCCAUAAAUGUAGACAGUAGAACGGAAGAUCAGUGGUUAUGGAAGACAUUGAGCAGCAUUAACAAUAAGCCAUUGACUGGAUUAACCCAGCUGACUCUAGGUGGAGAGAUCGUCUCUCAAAUGAUGUCUCCAGCCAGGCUAGAUGAUAAAUCACAGCACUAUUAUCGUCAACAACACCAACAGCCUGCUGAUAUAUCCAUUUCGACCUCACCUUUAAUUCAAUGCUUGAAAAAUGUACCUGAACUUCGAAAGUUGUGCUUAAACAGCAAACAACCUAAAUCUCAUGUGAUUAAUGUGUUUAUUGAAGAUAUGGAAGCCAUUCAUCAAGCCUGCUUAUCGUUGGAGGAAUUGACUCUGAUUGGUUCAUUCAAAUUCAUACCCACUUUUAUAAAUAACAGCAAAAACAAUGGCACUGCUAUAUCCUCACAGAAAUAUCAUCGACUACGCAGACUCAAACUCAUUGCAUCCAUACCUCCGACAUGGUUCUAUUAUAUCGGUUACAAAUACCCAGCAUUGGAAGAACUUGAUUUCGAUUCCAUCAUAACACCUGUCGUACACGAAUAUCAAACUCUUUUCAAAAAAUUACCCUCUUCAUCCUCUCGCUCAACAGCAACGAUAGCAACGAAUGUCAUAAUGUACUUUCGACAACGGCUUAUACAACACAGACUAGAUCUAUCUGACCUAGAAAUCCAAUCUCUGUUCUGCCACCUUUUGGAUUGCUGUCCUCGACUCCGCAAAAUUGAACUCGACAGUGCCAGUGCUAAAACAUAUAUCACUGAACAAUUUUUUCAAAAAUGUCAUGCUAGCAGCAGCAGACAUUCUUGUCAUAAGCUAAAAGAAAUUAAGAUCAAAACAGAUACCUCAUACAACUUGAUUAAUCAACGUGAAUUUUUUGAUCUGUUGGUGAAUCAUGGUCAAAACUUAAUCACGGGGUUAGGCACAGAGGUCAUAUUUAAUGGUGGAACGAUUUCGUUGUCACAACUCUCCAGUUUUUCAAAGCUGACGGAUCUUGUAAUAUGUUGCGGGCAUCCUACCGUUGAAUGUGAAAUUGAUCUGAUUUUAAGUCAUUGUCAAAAGCUUGAGCAAUUAACGAUCCGUUCUGCUUAUGUUACUUUAUCAGACAGCAAAAACGACAAACAACCGCAUCCUUUGAAAUCCCUUCAGUUAAGCACAGUAUCCUUCUCGCCAAGCGUAUUUGAAUAUUUAGGCAUUCGCUGUCAUAAUUUGUCACAACUUUCAAUAUACGAAUGUGAACAGAAAACUGAUGACAGCAGCAAGAACUGUAUUAAUUUAUCUUUGCCACACAAUCACUUCAAGUCUGUCAUACUCAAGGGCAUUCGUCUUGAUUCUGUACCACUCAAGAACCAUAAUUGGACACCUAAUGUUCGCCUUGUAUCCAUUGAGCAAGAAAAAAAGGAUAAACGAUGGUAUCAUGCUUAUGAUGCGCAUCAGUUCUAUCCUGUACAAAAAGACACAACAAUCCAAAAAUUAAAUGAACGGAAGCGUCAAAUUGCUGAACAUUAUUAUCAAUUUGGCUGGAUCAAUAAUCAAAAAUACAUUGAGAAGAUUAUCAGCACAAAAUAUAGUCAUCGUGAACCAUAUUACUUGUACACUAGAACGAGUAGAGAUUGGGAGGCUGAUUUAUUCUUUGGUUACGUAGCUAUUCAAUGUCAAUCCAUCGAACAUUGGGAGCUUAUUUGUAACACCGCUUUUAACGAAUUUUAA